UACUUAGUUUUUUCAGGCAUUUCAGCUGCUGAGAGGAAACGCUUUUAUACUCUGUCUAGGGCAUGGCGGUUGGUUUCGCUCUCUCUCUCUCUCUCUCUCUCUCUCUCUCUCUCUGUGAUUUAUCCUCAAGACACUACAGAAGUACACUGAAGCCCUAGCCAACGCCCCGCACACUCUCACGCGCUUAGUUUUGAGGUUCCUGUCUUCAACUGCUGCUCCGACACUCAGGAAGUUCACCAAGAAGUUACAAGCUGCGAAAACAUCUGGAGGAUGGCAGCAGAAAUGGAGGGAAGCUCUUCCGGAGGCUGUUUGGAGAAACUGACGAGCUAUGUGCGGACUCGGAAAGGAACCAUCCUGGCCGCUGAAAUAAUCCUCGGUUUCAUCAUCCUUAUCUGCUAUGCCAUGUCUAUAUAUGGAGGGUAUACAGCGGUCGCCAUCUGUGAGACGGUCGUUGCCACCGUCUUUUUCGUUGUCUUCAUGUUGGAGCUGGACAAACAGUUUCGGGUGGUGCACUGGAUCUGGAGCGAUCUCAUCCGCGCUGUAAUCGGUGCAGCACUUUAUCUCAUAACCUCUCUGAUCUGUGUGUUCAGGGGGCAUGGAGACGGGGCUCUCAUCACUGGUGGGGUGUUUGGUCUGGUGGCUGGGGUCUUGUAUGCUUAUGAUGCCUACACGAUUUACUUGGUCCUCAAGAGCAGCAGAGAGAAUACAGCUGCUCCCACAGAUAUCACAGUUUGAAACUACUUUCUCACUACAACAUUAACAGCAAGCAAAACAUGCAGAACAAGUCUACAAAUGGCAAAAGGAGUGAAUUCCUGAGAGUUAUCGUGAGAGAUGAAGACCAGAGGAAACGUCACACGGCAAAAGAGGUUCAUGUACAAGGGAUUGAAAAUAAAGGCAUUCAAAGAUUCAUUCCGUCAUCUCGGUCAGGCGGCUUUCAGUAGCACACAUUGUGUGUUGGCUUGGUCGGUUCUCACAACAUUUGAUAACAUCUGAUCAAUCUGACAACAUGAAUACAGUGUUCAGAAGAGCUUCCCAUUCUUUACUAGAGAAAGACACAUUUUGACCAAGUCAUUAUUAGUAAAUUGUGUUGGAGAACUUGAUUUCAUUUAGUCUGGUGCUGUUUUUUUUAUAACAUUUCACCUAAUUUUUAGUAACUAUUGAUUGUUCUUGUGUUUUGUGCUUAAAUUGAGAAGUUGUAGUUGUAUAAGGUUAAUCAAAAAGGAUUUAAGUCGGAUGUUUUCAACUCAAUAAAAAUUGUUUUUUAGAAGUCAUAGAGGAUAGAUUUUUUUCUCCUACUUGAAAACCAUUUAUAACGUAUAAUUAGUUUUUUUUUGUUUUUUACCAUUUAAAACUUAUAUAUACCAGUUAGCUGAAGACAGUUGGCCUGUUUUUCCUCUCAUGUCUGUAUUGUUUUUGUGACCUCACCUCUACCCCAGUGAUUUCCUGAAAACAUUUAUUUGUGAGAUGAUCAGAAAUGCCAUCACGUCUGUAAAAAAAUAUUAACUCAUGAUACUCUGCUCUUUUCAAACAGACAUUUGUUUUGUUCUGUGUUUACAGCACGAGAUUUAAUUAUGUAGGGUGUAUGUCUUUAAAAUGGUGUUGGUGGUAUUUCGAUUACAUUUAAUAAAAUGCUGUUAUAACGUUUCCAACUA